AUGACGGAGGUGGCGCUGUUCCGGGGCCCGACCAACCUCGCUUCGCCCGCAAGCCGCGGCUCCUCCUCCUCCUCCUCCACCUCCCUGCGCUAUUUAGCCGACAGCGACGUGCUCCAGAGAGGCACCACCAGCAGCGACCAGAGCCCUGCAGGAUCCGCGGAGCGACAGGCCGGAGGGUUGCAGGAGGAGGAAGAGGAGGAGGAGCGCUGGUCCUUCUUGGCGCUGCUUCUCGAGCUGCUGCGGAAGUCGCUGCUCCGGUGCAGAGCCGAGGACGGCGGCCAAGGCCAGGGCGGGAUGGAGAUAGGGCUGCCCACGGAUGUGCAGCACGUGGCGCACGUCACCUUCGACAGGUUCCAUGGAUUCCUCGGGCUCCCCGUCGAGUUCGAGCCCGAGGUGCCCCGCCGCGCGCCCACUGUUAGAUGCUACUGUUUGCCUAUUUUGGUAGUGGUUUUAAUCGGGAUAAAGAGAUGCUCAGCUGUAUCGCCUCUUGCUUUGUUUGGUAGGAGUGCUUAUGCUUGCUAUACAAAUAUUAAACUACUAAGUGCUAGUGUCUUCGGCGUUUCAACACAAUCGAUGCAGUGUUCAUAUGAUACCAGAGGAAACAGUGUUCCGACGAUUCUCUUGAUGAUGCAAAGACGUCUGUAUGAACAAGGAGGUCUUCGGGCAGAGGGUAUUUUUCGUAUAAAUGCGGAGAAUAGCCAGGAAGAGUUUGUGAGAGAUCACUUAAAUAGUGGAACUGUGCCGGAUGGCAUUGAUGUUCACUGUUUGGCGGGUCUAAUCAAAGCCUGGUUUAGGGAACUGCCGAGUGGGGUGCUGGAUUCUAUCCCACCUGAACAGGUGAUGCAAUGCCAAUCUGAAGAGGACUGUGCUCGGGUUGCCAAAUGCCUUCCACCAACUGAAGCAGCCUUACUUGACUGGGCUGUUAAUUUGAUGGCUGAUGUUGUCCAAGAAGAACAGAUAAACAAGAUGAGCGAUCGCAAUGUUGCUAUGGUUUUCGCUCCAAAUAUGACCCAGAUGGCAGACCCUUUGACUGCACUGAUGUAUGCGGUGCAAGUGAUGAAUUUCCUCAAGAUGCUAAUACAGAAGACCCUCAAGGAUAGAGAAGAGUCCAACCUGGAAGAUGCCCCUUUGCCACAGAAGGACCCAUCUGAUGAAAAUGGCCAUCAGAACCCCAGUCUUCCCAUUAAUCCUCAACCUGAAGAAACAUCUGGGCGCCCCUCUUUUGUCAGCGAGGAGCCUCUCGUGUACAGUCCUACACACAGUGCUGAAGACAAGCCUCCUGUGGAAGGCGAUUCGGUAGCUUCCGUUGUCCAUACAAGUGAUGUCCGUUCGAGCGUGGAGGGGUCCGCUAGUUGCUCGCAGCCUGCUCUUGUCGCUUCGUCUGCCAUUGCUGAUGCUUCCUGUGCUACAGCUGCCAACUUACUUCCGAGCAGAGGGAGCCGAGGCCUGAAUAGCAGGAGGACUAGAAAGGGCAAGCGGCAGUGCGGAACGCCCGCCACCCCUCCAGCUGAAAAAUCGAGAGGCACGAGCAUUGUGAGCCGGAUAAACUCCAAGGUCGAACGGAUCGAAGCGUGGAGGUAG